AUGAAACAUAUGACAUCAUCGUUACGACUCGAACCGGUUUCCACGACAACGGUCAAACUUGGACAUGGCGUCUCUGCUGACAGAGCCGCUGUUUGAAAUCUCAGGAAGCGGUCCUCCACCCAAUAAUAACUUUUACAGCCUUACCGUCACCAAGGCAGAAGUGAUAUGGAGAUGGUGGAGGAUAUCUCCAAGAUCUGUCUACAGGACCUCCAAGCCCGGGCAGCUGAAGGAGUCCCACCAGGACUUCUUAGAUGACCCUGAACUCCAGCGAGAUGUCAGUAUGGUUUUUGGACUCCACAUCUUGCAGUACAUCAAGGCUCUGUGCCAGGGUCAUUAUGACUAUCUGGAGCGCCUGCCUGACUCCUUACUUCUGCGGAUCAUUAAUUAUCUAGAACUAGAGCAUGUGGUUCAGCUUGAAAGAACAUCUCAUAAGCUGAGGCAGCUAUGUGGGUCAGAGGAGUUUUGGGAGCAGGCAGUACGCCAGCGCUGCAACACAGUUUCGGCUGAUGUGGCCGCGUUGGCACUUCAGGUGGGCUGGCGCAGCAUCUUCUUCACCCACAAGUUACAGCUGCAGAAGUUGAUUAGUCGUAGGAAGCUGAAGUCUGAGGAGCUCCCUCACCCUGGCGUUGCCCCUGAACUAAGCCUUGGCACUGAUAGCCAUUCUGACCCUAGAAGCAGCUCUCACUGUGAGGAUCAAAACCCUGAACAAACGUGUGGGUCUAAAUCCUAGCGAGUGUCUACUUGAGUGAUAAUUGGAGUUGUCCAAGAAUUGUAUAUUAGAAAUGCUUGUGUAAGAAGAUUGGCUUUUGUUUGUCAAAAAUAACAAAAAUCUACAAUAUUAUCAUUUAGUUGUCAGUCAUUACACAUUAAUAGGGUCAAAGAUAACAGGACAAUAUAGCAUUUGAGUAUACUAUACAUACAUGCAUAUCGAGUUAUAGGCAACAUACUGUACAUAUACAAGUUAAACACUACAUACUCAAACAUACAAACAUUAAUAUAAAAUUUUGUAAAAUUAUUAUAAUGUAAUUUAAUUUAUUUCCAAAGUUUAAUUUAGUUCCAAAUUAAUAGGUUUGAGUCUUCUACUUACUGUAUCUGUCUUCUGUCAUUACUUUAUGGCCUAGACAGGAAGUUUCAUUUAAAACAUAUAGGACUAUAAACUGGAUCUGAGAAGUUUGACAAAUUACAUAAUUCUCUUUAUUUAGUUUAUCUUUAUAAUUUUCCUAAAAGAUACAUAAUGUCUCUUAGUUGACUAGUAGCAGUAGACAGUGAGCAUGUCGCCCUCUAGAGGCCACAACAUGCUGCUGUCAAAGGCCCUUUUGCUCAUCUUCAGUGUCAUUAUUACUUUGUUUCUGCUCUGCCUGUACGUUAUGCAAAAGAUAAAUGAUAUAGUCUUCUU